AUGGUAGCCAGCCGUAUGCAACGGUGGGCGAUAAUUUUAUCUGCCUACACAUUUGAUAUAGAAUACGUACGCACAGACGAGAACGGGGCGGACGGCUUGUCACGGUUGCCGAUAUCAGCUAGUAAACCAAUGACUCGAAUGACGCCCGAGCAAACAUAUUUACAUUUUGUGCAGCAAGCUCUGCUAUUAGAUUACAAUGAAAUUAAAAAUCAAACCUCUAGGGACCCCAUACUAUCAAAAAUAUUAAGUUAUAUACGAGACGGCUGGCCAAUAGAUUGCGCGAUGACGAAUUUGAAACCUUAUUAUAAUCGUAAAAAUGAAUUAUACGAGGAAUUAGGUUGCGUUAUGUGGGGGCAUAGACUGGUGGUGCCAGAUUCUUGUAAAGAGAAAAUAUUAUUAAUGAUUCAUGAACCCCACAUGGGGAUGGUCAAAUCCAAGUCCUUAGCCCGCAGCUGUGUGGUGGGCGGGCCUGGAUGA